GUGCUUCGGGCAUCUUCCAGAAACAGAGAGAGAGAGAGCCAGAGAGAGAGAGCGAGAGAGUUCGAGGAGGUUGUCUUGCGGCGUCCACCCCUCCUCGAGGUCGAAACAAUGGCGAUUCCGCCAAUCGAGGACAACUCAGAGGAGGACGGCGGCGGCGGUGUACACCUGGGACUGGGAGUCCGGGAGGGGAAGAAGGCGCGGGGGAUUGGGGGCCUCGGAGGCGGCGAACGUGUGGACGAGGAAGCACAGAUGACUGGUGUCCUCGGAGGCGGCGAAGGUGUGGAGGAGGAAGUGCUGGAGCAGGUAUCUAGAGAUUCUGGAGGUGGCGGCGGUGGGGAUGAGGAGGAUGUGCACGGAGCAGCGGACUCCAGCGGCAGCAAGGAGGAGGAGGAAGACGCCGACACGCUGCUAGGAAGGCUUAAAGCGUUGUGCAAUGUCCUGGCGUCAAACUACAAUGACAAAAUUGAUGAACUUGGUAUUGUGAAGGGCAUGGAGAUCACAGAAGCUACCAAAACAAGACUCCUCAAGAUCGUGCUAUUCUUACAGGAAACGAAAGAAGAACGUUUUGAAAAGAUGCAGGAUUCUGCUAAUGAGCUUCUGGAGUUGUGGAAAGAAUCAGAACAGUCCACACAAAGGCUACUCAAGGUUUACCAAAUAUUCGAGAUCAUCAGUGCUCAUUCUUCAGAUGAAAUCAACGAGGAGAAAUACCUAUCAGCCGCCCUGUUGAGAAAGAUCGAAAAGCAGAUUCAGACCAUCAAAGCUGCAAAUCUCACCUUGUUGAGAGAUAAGUACCAAAGGAAGAGGAGGAAAUUGAUGGAGCUGCUGAAAGAACUUCAUUUCACAACCUCGGAUGUUGGUUUCGAUCCGAAGGAAAAAUUUGAAGGAGAGGCUUAUCCUGAGAAGAUUAAAGAACUAAGAGGCUUAAUCAUGGGCCUUAAAAAGGAUCGAAUGUCAAGAAUGCAACUUGUUUUUAGAAUGGAGUUGUUAGAUACAAUCCGGAAGGAAAAACUCUCUUCUGAAAAGAUUAAGUAUAUGGUUGAAGAUGUGAAGGAAUUCCUUGACAGAGCACAGUCUGCAGGAGAAAUAUUACACUAUGAUGGUAAAAAUGCUGUUGAUGUUAUCAAUGAGAUUCAGGAAAUGGUAACUACCCCCAAACAAGCUGAAAGGACCGAGAAUAAUACAUCAUCAAGGUCGAUGCGACUAGAAGCGAGGCUGAAGAAGGCCAUGGAUUCGGAAGCCGGAGAAGAUUCACUCAAAGUUCCAGAGAAAUGCCACUAGCUGGAGUCCUUACAGAUCUUCUCUUCACAGCUUCGCCUUGUCGGACAUGACGACAACAAAACAGGGCGCCUACUAUCGCAUAAAUAGAUGUAGGUUCAGAAAACUCAGUAGCUCUGGUGUUUCUUCCGCCUGCUAGUUAAACUUGGUCCGCUCCCCUGACAGGAGGAACCUGUCCGUUUUGGUUCUAAGAUUGAGAACUGCUGAAAGCUUUUAGUGCAAUGGCUGAACAGUUUUGUAGUGACAGUACUGGUUGUAAUUGCUGUAGUGUUGCUCUUCUGACAUCCAUGGACGUGAUGUGGUUUCCUGGAUGAAGCAUUUCACUGAAAGUUGUUGAAAUGAGUUCACCAGCUGAUAAUCCUGCAUUCUUUAUGGAUGAUGGAUGUAUAUCAUGAUUUCCAUAUGAAUGAAAAUUGCAGUGGUUCUUGCAAUAA